AUGGUACAUCUGACAAUUUUAUUCAUAUUCGCCACUCUUUGGACAACGACUCAAAGCCAAACAUGGGCUGGAAUAUAUCAACUGAAUACUACAUGUAUCACCAGUACCUGUUGUUGUCUAGUCAAUGACAUUGUUCUUACUCGUCCAUCGCUAAAUAUCUUGACUUUUAAUGCAACUUUAUCAGGUCAAUGUUUCGGUCUACCUUCAAUCACGAGUUCGAUUGAUUAUCCGGUUGGAUAUUCAUUAUCUUUAUCAAUAAGUAUAGUGAAGUUGACCGUUCUAUUGAGUAACGAUAGCAACACUCUUACUGCCGUCAAUCCGUUAAUGUCACAAUGUAGUGGACGAGCUGUACGAAAAGCGGCACUGAUUGCUGGAUCGACAACAGCAAUUCAAAUUCAAAUGGCAGAAUGGAUUCCCAUUGUGGUUCCCAUCGCGAGUGCGGUGUUCGGUGCGGUUUUCGCUGGUGGUGCGAAAGUGGUAACGGCAUUGAUAAAGGGCCGAAAUCAACAACCGUUGUACUGGGAAGUGUACAAAUACGAUUAUUAUACAACAUCCCAAUAUCCCUAUGCCAACGGACACACGCAUAUUACCACCGAAUAUAUACCAAGUUCCUCAUCGCAAAGUUAUUAUCGUUAA